GGUCCUAUGUUAUUUCAUGCCUCUCUCCAUGUUGUCUGCCCAGAUGCAUUACAGAAAAUCAAGGAUAUUGCGCAGAAGGCCAAAGUGGUUGGGGAUCGGGUCCGAAAGCUCUUCCGGUCUGUCAUGGACUCUGUGAAGCAUGUAGCCCGCUGCCUGCGCAAUGUUUGGUACUGGCUGCUUCACCUGGGUGAAAUCUGCAACCAGGAAAUGGGCACCCCCUACAGGAAGUGCAUCGACAUCUUUGAAAAUGCCAAGGAUGAAUGCCAGCGCGUUGUCCCCAUCUUGUACUACCUCUGUUACAUCGUGCUGUUGUUCAAGUACCUGUGCGGCCUGGCAAACG